AUGCAGCAUCUUUACCAGCCACUUCCCACUGGAGAACUGUUAUCCCCCAUUCAUGAUGCAGCUCGUCAUACGCGACCAACUUCUGGGCAAACACCACUCACCAUCAAUCUCGUAGUCGCGAGCGUGGCAUCGGAUGACGUGUCGUGGACAGAAGAGCUGCACAAUUCGAUUGCGAAUCUCCAAAUCUUUCGUUAUGUCAGUGAUGAUCCUGUCGCCGAAUAUCAUCCCUCCAUCGCAAAGGGUCGCGAAGCGUUGAUGUACUUUACCUAUCUAUACGACCACUAUGAAUCUCUGGCGGACGUCAAUAUCUUCGUCCAUGCCGAGGAGCAUCCCUGGCACUUGGAUGGUGCCAUGCAACAAUCGAUGCGGUUUGCCCUGUCGCAACUCGAUCUGGAACAGGUCAUGCAGCUCCACUACUUCAACCUCUACACCAGUCUGAAAGGAGGCCGCCCGGAAGGCUACAACACCACCAAGACCACAGAUGAAACCGACGUGGCCGAAGAGCCUUUCAUUGCAGAGGCGAUGCGUGCCAAUUUCGGAGAAGAUAUUACAGUGCCAGAAAUGCUCAUCGGACCCUGCUGCUCACAAUUCGCAGUUAGCAAAGAAGCCAUCAGGAGCCGUCCACGCAGCCAAUACAGACACAGCAUGCAGUGGCUGACCGAGACCGACUGGCCAGACCAGUUGACCGGGCGUAUAUGGGAGCACUUGUGGCCCUGGCUCUUCCUGCACGACCAAGCCGUAGAUCGCAAGACGGAGUGGCGAACUCUGUGUCGCAUGUACAGAGUCUGUUUCUCUGACAGCGACGAUCUUCAGCAGUAUCAGGCAGUUUGGGACGAGAGAGUGAAGCUUUUGGAGAAGAUUGGCUUCGGAAGAGAGCUUCUGAGGCCAUGGAACGUACGAAAGGCACGCAUGCGACUGAACGAUCUUUUACAACUGGGUAGACAGCUGCUGUUGGGAGCAUUGGAACGUGGCCAAGAUCCUGAACAACGAAUAGUAGCAGGUUUGGAUUUGACUGCCCCGUGAUGAAGGGAUAUUCUGGUCCUACAACCGACAGAGAAGCCCGUUGGACUGCUUCAACUACCCGCCUCGAAUGGCGAGCAACAGCUUGCUGUACCGGACAACAAGCAUUGGUGUCACAGCUCAAGUGCCUUGCUGGACUAUCUGCUGUUCCUUCACGGAACGCUGACCCUCAAGCUUACAGCUGCCAAUGCAUACACCAGCAUGCGCAGUGCUCCUCGCAGAUCUGGCCUACGUGAGAUGCUUCAAGGCGAGCAUUCCCGCUAACACUGGUCCUGGCACCUAAAUCUCGGCCAUGUCAGGCUGUUGUAAUGGUCAUCGCGGAUCCAGGGGCCAACAGUGACACCGCAAUGCGAGAGGCUCUCUGAUUGCCGCCCAUCAUUUUGGUCGUGUUAUCCACCGUGCUGAGCGCCUAGAUACAACCAUCUCCAAACUCAAUAACGACAGGGGACGCCCCAAGACCUGCAACUCAAGGGGUAUAUGCUGCUACUGCUGGCAUUGAAGGUGGAGACUUUGCUCAUACUGUCUCAUAUGGAUGAAAUAAUUGCUACAGACAGUUGAUAUCCAUGGUCGAAUCGGUUGACAAGUUGGCUGCUUGCAAGCGGUCGGUCCUAUUCAAUCAGCUCUAUUGACCUUAUUGCCAAGCCAUACUGGAAUUCGCUGUACUCGGUCUAUUCAACAACUUCACAAAUUGCGCUUGGGCUGACUUAUUAGGUAGUUCGCAUGUGCAAGCACAGCUAUGGCGUCUCGCUUGAGGACCCCGCAUCAUCGACAGCUCAGUUCAAAGAUACAGUUGACAGGUUCACCCGUUAUGACUGCUCCUUACACGCGGUACAUGAGCUUGGCAUAUUUAGCCGAUCUGAGGCAGCAAUAUCACUCUCCACUAGCUUACGUGUUUCAAUCCAUCAUUCUACCA